ACGGCCUACACAACGCCUUGACACGCACGCUUCCUUCAAAGAUCUCCAAGUCGCCUUAGGCAGAAGCAGCAAUGAACAACACAAUCCCUGCCACGUGCCUGGGGACGGAGGGUUCUCUACCGACACUCCCACACCCUAUGUCUUGCGGUAUAUCACUACACCAGAAUUACACUCGUAACACUCUUUUUCCCGCCCCGGCAUUUCUUUCAUACUGCUGUGACGGACAACCUACAGCAUCAUUUGGCGACGGAUCUUGCUGGGUGUAUUGUAAUGCUACAAGCCGCGCACAGGAAUCAAAGAUAUUUUCGUGUUUACAAUCUGGUAACAAAACUUUUACUGGCUUUGGUUGUGAAGGGAUUCUGCAUUCAGAUGGGAGCUUCACUUCGAACGCGCCGAGGGUGCUAGGCAGGUGGAGCAAGGCUGUAGUGCUUGGAGUACUUGCCUCGAUGGUAUUCCAGUUGUAAGAGAGACUAAGAGUAGUUACGGGAAGGAGAGAAGGAAUGAUGUAUAUACCCAACGUUUUGUUCGAGACCCACUGGUAGGAUGCUGUCAUGCUUCGCCGAGGAUCUGAUCCUUGAUUCCUUGGCAACGACUGCAUAUUCUCAACAAUAUAUGCAAACCAUCGGGGCGGAAAUGGGCAACAGAGCUCACUUGGCCAAAAUAGUUGUUAUGGUAUUGCAUCCACUUGUGAAUUGUAAUGCUGUGGGG